AUGACAACUUUCGUACCCCUAUCUCAAGAUACCGAGGGUGCCGUCAGCUCAGCAUCUCUGGGUGACUGGGUACUGGGAAUCCUAAAGGUUAGGAGUCCCACUAAAACGGCAAGCUACUACUCGCAGCUCCUGGACCAGUUCCAGGAGGUGGACGGGGAGCAAAUCAUAAAGGAGUCCUUCCAGCUCUUCGAGCUCCUGCUGAGCGAGCACUUGACAGUAUUCGAGUUUCUGGAAGAAGCGAAGCAGAACGGGAACACAGCGAUGCUGUCCCUAGACCCCUCCAGCAAGGUUGAGACCGAGGUCAAGGUGAAGUAUAGCGACGCCCUGAAGCAGGUCGAGGAGUACUUCACAGUGCUCAUGUACAUGUUGCAGCUCCGCUUCACGAGCUCGGGGCAGAUAGAGAAGGCGGGGCAGCUGCUCCUGAAGGCGAUUGAGGACGGAGACUCCUUUUUGGACCUGCGACUCCGCCUGCUGCAGAUGCUCUACAACUCAGUGGAGCCCACGCUGCCCCUGAGAGUGCAGGUGUAUAUAUCGAUACUCGAGUUCGCGGCCAAGCACGGCAUAUUCCACACACUGGUUAACGUAGUCAAGGAGGUGGACGAAUGGAUGGUUGAUUGGUCAGUGGACAAGAAGAGUAAAAUUAGAAUAUACCACAUCAUCGCGGAACAACUAGAUAAGCUUAACAGAGCCGACUUAGCAUAUAAAUUUUGGAAAAAACGCGUUGAGUCUUCAAGUGAUCCAGAAUUAUUUACAACAGAGGAAAAUCUGAAUGCAACGGUGACCUUUGUGGUACGAAGUCUGAGAUCAGAGCACAUUCUGUACUUCGAUCAGCUGUUGCUGAUGCCGGCAGUUAAUUACCUGAGGAACACACGCUACGCAAAUCUAGUGACGCUGCUGGAGGUGUUCAUCAGGGGCACUCUGGAGGACCUGGAGAACUACCUGGCGGAAAACGCAGAGCUGGUCUCUGAGCUGAAGCUGGAGCGGGAGCCGCUGGUGGAGAAGCUGACGCUGCUGACGAUAAGCACCAUGUGCCAGCACCAGUCCGAGAUCCCGAUCGAGGUGAUUGAAAAGAACCUGCAGCUGACGCCCGAGGAGGCCGAGGAGGUGAUCGUGACCGCCAUCGACAAGGGGGUGAUGGAGGGACUAAUAGACCAGAAGAGCAGGAAGGUCAUCAUAAACCACGUCGUGCACCGCGAAUUCGGCAGCGAGGAGCUCCAGCAGCUCUACGACAAGCUCAAGAUGUGGAGCUCCAGCAUCAACGGCCUCGUCUCAGUAGUCCAUCGCAAAACUCAAGACCACUAG